UCCACCAACCAUCGUCUAUGGAACCUGGCUCCUUGUGCCAUAUCCAGGAGCUCCAACGUCAUCGCUGUGAGGAAAGUGGGGCAGCAGCCCAGGCUCAAGGCUGGGCUCCACCGCGUGAAGGUUUCUCAAGGUGCUGCAGAUCUGAAACAGUUUUGCCUGCAAACUGUCCCAAACGAUCCCCUGCCGACUGGGGUAUCUUCCAGUACUAAUCCUUUCCGUCCCCAAAAAGUCUGUUUGUUUCUGUAG